AGAGCUACAGAUCUACUCUUGCAGCCCUCUGGAGAUGUUCUAGAACUAUCUCCAUCAAACGAUAAACAAGUGAAUAAAGGAGAGCAAACACCCUUUAUCUUAGUGUCAAGAACCCCCGAACUAUAGAAUGAUCCAAAACGCAUGGUGACACCGACACGAUACUGACCGCUGGCUGCUGCUGGGCCUCACACUGAACCAGACAACCAACGAUCUUGCAAACAGACACUCGCAGAUCUACUGAGACCCGGGGAAAAUGAUCACCCUCGGCCUACAACGCAUCACCCAUCUCCUACAACCCUUGUUCACAUCCCAUCCCAACGGUCUCCCGUGGAAAGCCAUUCACAUUGCCGGCACCAACGGCAAAGGCAGCAUCGCCGCUUUAGUGUCUACUUUUCUAUCGCAGUCAGGCUACCGCGUUGGCCGCUUCACAUCACCCCACUUGAUAGACAGAUGGGAUUGUAUCACUCUUGACCAGCGCCUCGUCGAGCGUGAACGGUUCUUGGAAGUUGAGAACCGCGUCAAACGACGAAAUCAGGGGCCUGACGGGGCUGCAUCGGAGUUCGAAAUCCUGACGGCCACAGCGUUUGAACUGUUCACGGAUGCAGGUGUUGAUGUUGCGGUCGUGGAGUGCGGGCUUGGCGGACGCCUUGAUGCUACGAACGUGCUAAGACGCGAGGAUGUGCUAGUCAGCGUGCUGGCCAAGGUCGGACUCGAUCAUGUCGACUUCCUAGGAUCGACGAUCGAGCAAAUCGCACGGGAGAAAGUCGGAAUUUUCAAGCUGGGCGUGCCGGUCGUCGUGGAUCUGAGUAAUGACCCGAGCGUGCUGGCUGUCGUGCAGGAGAGGAGAAGGGAGAUUGGCGGGGCGGGCGGGCGGCAUUAUCUUAAGGAUAAAGAAGAAGAGAAUCUGCUGGAAAGUGCGAAAAAAAUGAGGCUGGCAAAGCAUCAGUACGAGAACCUGGUCACCGCGUAUACGGCGUACUGCGCCGCUCAGUGGCGGCUGAUAUGGCCAGAAGAUGCCAGCACAGAAUCAGAGGCAGAGGUAGAUGCAGACUUGCUAGCACGCAUGGAGGAAUGGUUUCGUGCGGAGGCACGCCUUGUGAAGACUGCGCAGAAUCUACCAGACCUCAUGGCGGCUGCCAAAGCAUCGCUGCGUGGACGCCUCGAGUGGCUUGUACUCCCUGCUGAACUUGUUCCGUCGGCGGUGAGGAGGACUCAGCCUAUCCUGCUCGACGGAGCACAUAAUGUGCAAUCAGCACAGGCUUUGGGGAGCUACGUCAACACUCGUCUUCGUCAGGGUGGGAAACCUGUGACAUGGGUUCUCGCGAUGAAGAGCGACAAGGAUAUCCGAUCCAUCUUGUCCGUACUACUCAAACGAUCCGAUCGAGUGGUCACCUGCGCGUUUGGCCCUGUCGACGGCAUGCCAUGGGUCAAGAGCAUGGACUCCGCCAACCUUGCGGAGGUCGUGCAAGAGUUCACACACGACAGAGUGGAGGCUGCCGAGGGUGGCAGUAUCCAAGCGGCGCUGAUGAGGGCCGUCGAGAUCGCCGAGCAGGAGGGAUCGAUCUGUGUCGCAGGCAGUUUGUACCUUGUCAGCGAUGUCUUGAGGUUGAUCAGAGAUGGGUCCAAAAAUGAUACGACGGUGUCACUGCAGGCGAAAUGAGGUGAUUGCGACGAAAGGGAAGCCUCGGAGGCGCUGGCCAUA